AUUGGAAAAAGGAUACUUUGGCAUACAACGCACUGAAAAGUCAUUCUCCAGGCAACCGAUUGAUCUUACACUCGAACAAACAAUCAACGCUGACAGUGCGAAACGAUUAAUUGGAAUAAUUAACUUUACUAACUCAAUUUCUGCUCGACAGCGAUGGUGUUUAAAUCAUCAAAUAAGAUCAACGAAAAUUUCAUACACUUAUGAGGCAACUGGCUUACGAAAACGUCAAGACGUAACCGCGGAUUUAGAAGAUCAUCGUAUAAAAAAAGAUACGGAACAACUUAAAAAAUUUAUCGAUGGAUUCUCCAAGUUUGUGAACCCUUUCGAUUCAAACCUUGAUGAAAAGCAACUCUUCAAUAUUUCGAACGGAAGAGCAGCUUUACGUGAAGUAGAGCAGUUCUUAUUGAAUGUUAAUACGAAGGGUGAAGAAUUACGCAAAAAAUUUAUUCAAGAUUGUACUGAAUCUGAGGAAAGAUUUGAAAAGCCAAUACCACGAUUGAAAAUACUUAAUUUUUCUUCAGAAGUUGUUAAGAAAAAAAUCAAAAGCGGUGGUAAAGUUCAAGAAGUCACCAUGCAGCGAGAUUUGUUUGGAAGGAUGUUAGGUUUGUCAAUGGACCAUUCCGUUGAUUUCGAAAAAAUUUUAUGUUUUCCUAUUAUUCCGAUCCCAAUGUCCUUAUGUUAUUUCGAUGGGACAAUCUUUAAAACAAAUAAAUCAGUUAUCGUGGCAGUUUUUGAAAAGCAGCACCAACAAGGAAACAUACUCGACGUCUUCGAUGUUGUAUUAGUUGAUGGUUUCUUUCUUUUACAUACAUGACGUGAUAUACCCGCAACGUUUGGUAACAUAUCAAAAAAAAUUAUGUCAGUUUUAACUGCUACUAAAGCUCUUCGAGUUGACAUAAUCUUUGAUCAAUAUAUCUCUCCGUCAAUCAAAGAUUAUGAACGCAAUUUACGGAAUGAAGAAAAUACUAUUGAUUUCAAUAUCAAUGGACCUAUGCAAGUUCGACCAACAGAUUUCAACAAAGAAUUAAAGAACAUUAAAUUUAAACAAGCUUUAGUAACCUUUUUAAUUGAACAUUGGCGUGAUCCUGAAAUGAUACCUUUCAUUGGUCAGAUAGUCAUCAAUUUAAAUUACGAUUAUUGUUAUUCAUACAAACUAAAAGAUAAUAAUAUUGUAUAAACAAUAAAUGAUGAUUUAAAUUGUGGAAAUCAAGAAAAAGCUGAUACCAAAUUAGUUUAUCAUGCUUGUCAAUUGGAAAAUGAAUCAGCUACUAAUGUUCUUAUUAAAUCAUGUGAUACUGAUGUUUUGAUCAUCAUGCUUGGCAAUAUGGAUAACCUAAAAAGUGAUGGCAUCAAUAUAUGCAUGGAGUAUGGAGCUGCUAAUAAAAGACGAACUUUAAAUCUGACACAGCUUCACAUUGAAUUAGGGCCGACAGUACGUGCUAGUUUACCCGGAUUUUAUGCCAUCACGGGAUGUGAUUACAACCCUGCAUUUCUUAAGAAGGGCAAAAAAAAACCAUUCCAAAUUAUUAAAAAUAAUUUGGAUUAUCAGAAAGCACUUGCUGACAUUGGACAGUUGGAUGUCCCUGAAUUACAAUAUGAAAUGUUUGCAACACUUGAAAAAUUUGUCUGUGAAUUGUAUGGGUACAAGAACGUUACGAAUAUUAAUAAUGCGCGUUUCCAAAAGUUUUGCUCUACAUACAAAUCAAAAAAUAUAAACGAACCUUUUGGAAAAAAUUUGAUCAAAUAUGAUGCGUCAAAUUUACCACCGUGUAAAGCAGAACUACACCAAAACCUUUUGCGGACUCAAUACAUUACAAGUAUUUGGCGAAACGCUCAUCUGAGUACUCCAACAUCUUUGUUACCUGAAAGAUACGGCUGGACUCUGAAAAAUAACAGAUAUGAGUUUAAAUGGUUUGAGGGUGAUUGUAUACCGAAAACCGUUUUGGAUGCUGUAAAAACUGGUUCAACUACCGAAAACAAUCCUAACAACGAAGAUGAUGAAAGGACUUUUUACAAUGAAGAGGUAUUUUCGAGUGAUUCGUCAGAAGAAGAUUCAGAGGACAGUAGUGAUGAAGACGAACAUUAAAGAUACUUUUCUAGACAUUUUUAUAAAGUUUACUUGUAAAAAAUAUUAAAAAAAAAAAUAAACCAGUA